AUGCCACACCGCACUCUCGCAGCUGCAGUAGAAGCUGCCAUGGAAGGAAGAGGUGCCAAUACUGAGGAUUUCGAUACUCAGGAGUGUGACGUGUGGCAGGACCAGGUUUUGGUGGUAAGUUCUUUUUCCUGCUCGCCCGCCUGCAGCAAGCAGCAGCUGCAGCUAUCCGUUAUCGCAGCCAUCACCCAUUUCCCGGGGUGGCACAGACUCACCUUCACCUUCACCCUCACCUUCACCCUCACCUUCAGAAGGUACUCCGUAGAAAGCUGCUGAUAUCGCCUCAAGGCCUCCAGUUCUCCUGUCAAGCAGAGCAGCCCUCUUCCACAACGCACUCCAUCGCCUGCUCACACCACACCUGAACAAUCUGCUGUCGCCAUUGGCGCGUUUAGGAAACACGCGCUUCCAUUAUCCGCUGCCAUUGACAGCUAUCCCAAGCUUGCGCCCUAUGAGGACCACCAAGCGCGACAACGAUCAUUGAACGCGAAUGUAGAUGCCGACAGCGUAAAAGAAACAUCAAAACCCUCGGCUGCAUGCGAGAACGAUGUGAGAUCGAGUCCUCCUAUUCGCGAUCAAAUUUUCCAUUUCAAACGCGAUGCGCAGGCUCAAUUCCAGCUACCCGCAAGAAUCCAACCACCAUCCCGCGGAAGCCCGAGUCGGAAAGGCAGGAUGGAUCGCGAUGGCAUGAUGAACAACACGCAGAAGAGUUCCUUGACGCAAGAGCACUCGGCCUCAGUUUUUGAAAAAUAUGCCGCGGCGGAACAAUUACGCAGUUCUGCAAAUGUCUACGAGGAUGCGAGAGAGUCGCCCUCCAACCAUACCCCUCAUACCUACGACGAGAACGACACGGGACACAUUAUGCUUGGUCUGGCACAAGAGAGCGAAAGGGAGGGAGAAGAGCCUGAAUCUCAGGAUGCAUCAUAUGCUGCUCCGAUUCCAUUCUCUUCUCAGCCUUUAGCACCCCCCCAAACUCCAGCCCCACCGACCAAUCCCUUCAAGAAUAAGGGAAGUGUUCUGAAGGAACAGGUCAUGUUUGAGGCCACACAGCCAUCUUCGAUUGGCCGCUAUAUGGCAAGUCCAACUUCGUCACGGCCCUCUCCAAAUGCCUUUAACGAAACUCCGUUGCAUUUCCAGGCCAUCGACUCUCCCUUGGUCCAGCGACAACAAAUGAUUGAGGAUACUCCGAAUCAACCUUCGCCCUUGUUUUCACAAACUAUCAAUGAAUCACCCCUUCCCACGUUCGGCCUUUCCUUGGAUACGUCCAAGUUUUCGAACCAGAAACCCGAACCUCGCAGAUACAACUCAAUGAAAGCGAGCCAGGAGAAGCGGGAACCACAACGUUAUGAAUUGAGUAGUGACGAUUCUGAUAUAGAAGCUGAAAAGCCCAAUAGAAGCAGAGCAAUACACAAGCACGCCGCCGAGCAAUUGUCAAAGGUCACGAUAAGUUUACACAGAAAACCGAAACUUGCUGAACCACCGUCUUCAUCAUACACAUCAGCUAUCGAGGUACCCUCCACUGGUAGGCGUCGACGGAGUCUGCAGGAGGAUUAUGUAGCACAAUGUGAUGGUUUUGAUGCACGAGAUACUCAGCAAAAGGAUGAAUAUAUCGCGGAUUCUCAGGCACCAUCAUCCCCGCCACGUCAUUCCAGUGCUCCCCCGAUGGAGAGAACUGAAUUGGACCAGGUUGUUCCAGAUGAAGCUAUUGCUGCAACACAAUCUGCUGCGACAACCCAAGGUUCGUGCAAUGAGACGGACGGACAUGUUCUUCAGCUUGGCGUUGAUGCCACCCCUGAACAGAGCUCGAAGCAGGAGUCAACUUCCAGCUUACCGUCUACCCAAGCUCCCGUAGCAGCUGUACCAGGAGCUAACCUCGAUAACAAGUUGGCAUCAGCUGUUGUCCCUGUUACUGCUGAACUGGUCGCUAAAACCAGUUCCGAGGAGCCGCUUGCUAUGUCUAACUCAACCUCAAGUCUACCACCUACCCAAGCUGCUCGAGAGGCUAUGCCAGAACUCAGUUCAGAAAACCAACUACCACCAACUUUUCCUGCCACUACACCCGUUUAUGAAGGUCACCAUGAUAAUUCAAGUCACCCGUCUACCCAAGCUCUGCCAGUCUCUUUGCAUCCACAUAACGAGCUGGAUCUACCUCUGAGAGAACUAUGUGCAAAUCCAACCACGGAGUCAACCUCUAUAAAGGCGCAACUAUCCUCUGGAAGCGAGCAAUUGGCCAUACCAGAAACCAGCCCGCUUCCAGAGCAUAAUUUACGUCCAAUUGGGGAUAUUGGAGUCUCAUUUGCCACAGACCGGGGGGAAGACAUGUCGACACCUCCUGGGUUUUCUCAAGAUGCUGCAUCUGAAGCAGUACUAAAAAUGAAUGCUUCUUCGCCGAAGAAAGUGGUCCCCGCCACCAGAAAGAGAUCCCAACCCAAUUCUGUGACGAGUUCGCAACCGCAAGCAUCUGCGACUGCGAUGGCCGCCGAGACACGCACGGAGGCCGUACAGGCUGCAGAGAAUAUCAGCCUUGAUCGCUCUGCUUCUACUGAUAAUGUUCCACCCACUGGGCGUGUUGAAAAUGCUGAAAUUUCAAACCCACAACAGGAUGUAGUAAUAGACGAUGGGCCCCUUUUCGUACCUGAUAAUGCACCACAAGAUAUAGCAGACGAGGCGGACGACAAUCCAGCUUUAGGAGACGCGGAAGUUGACGACGCGGACACAGUCCACCUUGACAGUUCGAUGGUGGAUGAAAAUAUCAAGGAACCUCCGGUUCAAGUCAAAAAAAGAGCCACCAGAAGAUCUUUAGCAAAAGUUGCACCGCCAACCCCCAGCGCGCUAUCUACUACAUCCUCGGAAUUAUCUUCUAUUUCAUCAAGAGCAUUCCAAACACCGCAGUCAACCCCUUUUGUAAAGGGCCCUGCUUCCAGCAUGCGAACCUCAGUUACCCGAUCGUCGUCGGUGAAGCCAGGGCCUAUUACAGAAAAGGCACCAAAAGCCAUCGAACUGAAACGAAACCCCAAGCGGAAAGCUAUUGGUCUCGAGGAAACCUCGGAGCCUACCCGGUCAUCGAAGCGUCGAUCACUAGCGUGCGUAAGCAGAUCAUCAAGCGUAGAUCCAUUGUCAUUACCAUCCGCUUUCACUAGUGGCAAGGCAACUUCUGGAUUGUUCUCAAAAAUGGUGUUUGCUGUUUCGUACGACCCCAAAAACGAGAAGGAGAAAGAGAAAGUGAAGAAGUGUAUUGAAGAACAAGGCGGUAGGCUCCUUGAGCCUGGCUUUACGAGCUUGUUCACAACACAGCAGGAAGAGAGUGGGUUCGAGACGAAGUUGAACAAAAAGAAUAGAGGUCUCAAGUUUGCUGCGGUCAUCGCCGACGAUUUCUCAAGAAAGCCCAAAUAUCUCGAAGCGCUCGCACUUGGCUUACCGUGUCUCUCAGGGCAAUGGAUAUUGGCCUGCGUCGCCAAGGGAAAGAUUAUGGAAUGGUAUCCAUACCUUCUCUGCGGUGGCAAAGUGGAGUAUCUGAAUGACGCGCAUGUGAGCCGCAAAAUCUCUUCCUACCCAGCAGAAUUAGCGGAUUUGGCUUCUACCCUUGAAGGCAGAACCAAAGUCUUCCAUGGAAAGUCCAUUAUGACCAUUGCCUCGAGAGCCGAAUCCGAAGCCCAAAGAGGCAAAACGAUUGAAUUCCUGCUCCAAGCUUCAGGUCCGGCCCGCUACAUGCAAGUAUCUUCUAUCACUGAAGCCAGAAAACAUCUAGAGGAUCACGAGGCCGAAGGCCAGGCGUGGGAUUUCAUUUUCUGCUACGGAAAUACCCAAGUCACUGAAAAAGCCUUGUUUACUUCUGCCGGUGGAAAGAAGAAGAAGCGCGGAUCAUCUGCCCCUGCCUCUGCUCUGCCUCUAACCAAGGUGCGCAUGUUGGUCGAUAAGGAGGUUUUCCAAAGUGUCAUUACGGGACGGUGGAUUGAUGAUUAA